AUGACACCUGUGGCCAUCCCAACACUGGAGAAUCUGAGUCUCGAGGAUGCACCUCCCGCCAAACAUGUUGAUGACGUAGAGGAAGACGGAGACGAGGAUGACGAGGGAGAUGAAGCGGGCGCUGAGGGUGCAGUAGGGGAUGCCAAGAAGAAGAAAAAGAAGAAGAAGUCCAAGAAGAAGAAGUCUGGCGCCGUCACUCAGUCUGAACCUCCUCGCGUUGGCUUGACCAAGCUGUUCAAGGAUGGCAUAUUUCCCGUUGGCCAGGAGGUGGAAUAUCUCAACGACAACGCGUACCGGACCACAUCAGAAGAGUGCAGAGAACGUGAACGACUAGCCCAGGGUGACCCGACCGACACUUACCAAAACAUCCGUCGAGCCGCAGAAUGCCAUCGCCAAGUCCGCUCGUAUGCGCGUCAAAACAUCAAGCCGGGAAUGUCAAUGACGGAGAUCGCCAAUAUGAUUGAGGACGGUACCCGGGCGCUGGUUGAGGAGAAUGGAUUUGAAAGUGGAAUAGGGUUCCCAACGGGUCUGAGUGUGAACGAGGUCGCGGCGCACUAUACGCCCAAUGCUGGGGACACGAAGAUCUUACAAAAAUCGGACGUGAUGAAGGUCGACUUUGGGAUACAUGUCAACGGACGGAUCGUGGAUUCGGCAUUUACGAUGAACUUUGAGCCAACCUGGGAUAGGUUACUGGAAGCUGUCAAGGAGGCGACGAAUGCCGGGAUCAGCGCGGCGGGGAUCGAUGUACGGAUGUGCGAUAUCGGCGAGGCGGUACAGGAAGUCAUGGAGAGUUACGAAGUCGAGGUUGGCGGCAAGACACAUCCAGUCAAAUCGAUUGCCAAUCUUAGUGGACACACGAUCGUGCCAUACAGCAUUCACGGCGGAAAGAGCGUGCCCAUCGUCAAGCAGUUUGGCGCCGACAGGGACGAGACCAAGAUGGAGGAGGGCGAGUACUUUGCGAUCGAGACGUUUGGAAGUACAGGACGGGGCCGGGUGGUGGAGGAGGGUGCUUGCUCGCACUACGCCUUGGCCAAGGAUAUCCCUGCCAGACCAUCAUUACAACAUCAAUCCGCCAAAUCGUUACUCAAAUCUCUGCAGAAGAACUUUGGCACUUUGCCAUUCUGCCGGAGAUAUCUGGACAAGGCGGGCGAGAAGAACUACCUCCUAGCUCUCAAUACAUUGGUCCGGGAGAACCUCGUCAUGGACUAUCCGCCCCUGGUCGAUACACAGCCGGGUGCCAUGACCGCCCAAUUCGAACACACGAUUCUCCUCCGUCCGACAUGCAAAGAGGUCGUCUCGCGCGGGGACGAUUACUAG